AUGACUCCCACACUUGCUACCAACAGACUCUUGCGUGAGUUGAACAUACUUUUGGUUCAAUUUAAUAAGAGUAUAAACGAGUUUGAUUUCCCCCAAAUGACAAGAGGAAAUGAAUCAAGUUCAGGAAUGACAAGAUGUAUUGAAGAUGAGAUAUCCAUAGGUAUUCCACAACAAGAUCUUGAUGCAAUUGAACUCUUAAAUAAUGACCAAAGAAAUGCGUUUAACAUAAUAAUGGGUGCAGUUCAACGAUCAGAGAAUGUAACUUUUUUUGUGGAUGGUCCCGGUGGAACUGGAAAAACUUACUUAUAUCACACAUUGUUAGCAAGCUUGAGAAGGUUGGGGCACAUAGUUUUAGCAAAAGCAUCAUCUGGAAUAGCAGCUACGAUAUUGCCUGGUAGGAGGACAGCACAUUCUAAAUUCAAGAUACCACUUAGUCUCAAUGCAUCAUCGAUGUGUUCGAUUGGUAAGCAAUCUGAUUUAGCAAAGCUAAUACAAAAGGCAAAGGCAAUUAUCUGGGAUGAAGCAACAAUGACGCAUCAUCAUGCAUUUGAAGCACUCGAUCGAACAUUCCAAGACCUAACGGAUAUUGACUUACCAUUUGGGGGAAAAAUAAUGAUAUUUGGGGGAGAUUUUGACAAGUUCUUCCUGUUAUCCGGAAAGGAACCAAAAUUUUUACUUCGUGUUGGUGAUGGGAAUGAAAAUGUUAUUAUGGAUGAUAUGGUAAAACUACCUGAAUGCAUGGUCAUACCAUGGGAGAGUGAGCAUUCCAUCAAUCAAUUAAUUGCCAAAAUCUUCCCUGACUUAGAGGAUUAUAUGAAUGAUGCAACCUACAUGGUGGAAAGGGCAGUGAUAACUCCUACAAAUGAAGACGUUGAUAUGUUAAAUGAAAAGAUAAUCAAUAUGUUUCCAGGUUUAGAAGAGACAAUGUAUUCAUUUAAUUCAGUUGAGGAUGAUGAAAGGAAUUUGUAUCAGCCAGAGUUCUUGAAUUCAAUCUCACUUGGUGGUUUGCCUCCGCACAAGUUAACUCUGAAAAGAGGUGAUCCAAUCAUGCUUUUAAGGAAUGUUGAUCCGAAAUUGGGAUUGUGUAAUGGUACAAGAUUAUUGUGUCGUGGUUCUUACCGAAAUCUUAUUGAAGCUGAAAUUCUAACUGGACAAUUUGCCAGAUCCAGAGUUUUCUUACCAAGAAUCCCUCUCAAAAGUACUGAUACUGCCGGGCUUCCAUUUGAACUUACAAGAAAGCAGUUUCCAAUUGGCAAUGAAAAUCUGAAGUGUCAAUCAGGAACGAAUGGGUGGAAAUUGCAGCAUUGA